GUACUGUUACUGCCGCGAGAGCCCAGCCCAGAGCUGCUCGACAGAGUGAAAGAGUGACAAACAGGCACACAGAGGGACAGAGAUGUGUGUGUGUGUGUACCGGUCCAAAGGUUCCACAAUCUGGCUAAAAUGAAUCCAAAGCCGAACCCGAAACCAGAUGUAAAGACAAAUAAUAUAGAGUUGUCGUUGUCAUCCUCCCAAGACGUGGGCAGAUCCCAGACAAACUAGUACCGUGACCCCUGGUAUGGUCAUACAAUAUCAUGGAAGACAGACAGAGAGAGACAGCACGGCAGUCGAGUCGUCGGCACUAGAAGAGGGCCACUAGAGCAUCGCAUCCCAAUAGACUGUGCUUCAUUAUUAUCGUCGCUCCGCUUGGGUCUGAACACGAUGCGCCAUCGCCCGCCGCUCCAUCCGUCCAUCCCAAUAACGAGUCGAACCAAAACAGAACAGACCAGACCAGACCAGAAGACGAUGGCCGACGCUGGCCUGAUGGCCCAUUGCUGAUAUUUGAGUGAUGCGUGCUGCCAUGCUGCCAUGCCAAAAGGCUAGCCUACGCAGUGCGUCUAUGCCCGCUGUGUGUACCUGCCCCACGUGCGUAGGCUUGCCUCUUGCGUUAGCAAUUGUGAGUGUAAGGGUGCGAGGCAAUUUGGAAUCAAUCGAAUCUGGUCGAAUAUGGUUAGAAGAAAAGAGAAGAGAAGCGAAGCGUUUUGUUAAUCAGAUGAUCUUGGCGACGACGAUGAGAUGAGGAUGAGGAUUAGCCUGACGAAGAUCGAUGAAGAUGGUGACGAUGGCGAUGACGAUGCUAGUCGACUCGUAGAACAGAACGCGCAUUCAGUUGCCACAUCGGCUAGCGCAUCCGAGCUUAUUCCCCUUCCUGGUUCUGGCUUCUGGCUUGUGAUCUGGCGGAGACUACUGACUAGACAACCAAUCGCUUGGAGCAGCAAGCCCCUGCCGUAUGUCGUCGUCACGCGCGUUAGCAGCGCCCAUGCCUCAGAGGCAGGCGGUCGUCCAAAACGUAUUUCUUAUUUUUGCAGUUCGUUCUGUGAAGCGCCGUGAGAGAUGCUUGCUGGCGACGCCUCCGCUGCCCGGUUGACUGCCUCUAUGACUGGUUGUGCUGCCCAAGUGCACGGCCACUGCUCGCUCGCUCUUGACCACAAAUCCCGCCUCCGGCAUCCGGCGACUGUGUCUGACUCGUGAUGUUUUGAUCUGACUGUAUCCCGCCGGCGACUCCUCCCUCCAAUGUUGGCUGCUGGUCCAAAUCUGAAGAGCUAAUACUUUUUCCAAUAUAAAAUACAAAUUUAUACAAAAACCAUACGAGAUCUGGCUAAGGCUGAGGCUGUGGCUGUGGCUGUGCAUCCCUCCGUGUUGUCUGCCCGCCCGUGCGUACGUGCGUUUUCUGGUUUCUGGCUACUGGCUGCCGGCCUGGUUAAGUAAUCGAUGUUCGAUCGGAGCGCUCUCGACUGCUCGCUCACACCCUUUCGAUGAGGUGGUGUCCCCCAUUGGUCCACAGUUACUAGACAGACAAUCCAAACUCUCGGUGUUAAGCGAAAACCAUAAAAACGAUGUGUGUGUACGUCCUCUCUCUGAAAGCGCAUUAAGAUUUGAAGGACUACAUGCGUCAGGCCGGCGAGGUCACCUAUGCGGAUGCUCACAAGCAGCGCCGUAAUGAAGGCGUGGUCGAGUUUGCCUCGUUGUCGGACAUGAAGACGGCUAUUGAAAAGCUCGACGACACAGAGCUGAAUGGCAGACGGGUCCAUCUGGUCGAGGAUCGUCGAGGAGGACGCGGCGGCGGUGGCAGCGGGGGCGCUAGUGGUGGUGGAGGUGGAGGCGGACGUGGUCGAUCUCGUUCUUCCAGCUCGCGCUCACGUUCUCGCUCGCGCAGGCGUUCUCGCUCUCGUCGCUCUUCGCACUCGCGCUCCAAGUCUCGCAGCCGCUCCAAGUCUCGUGGCGGACGUUCCAAGUCCAAGUCGCCUGUUAAAUCGCGCUCUCGAUCCCGCUCGCGCUCCAAUAAAUCGCGUGAUGUGUCUAAGUCAAAAUCCAAGUCGCACUCGCGUACUCGCUCUCGCUCGCCCAAGCGUGAGCGCGAUUCUCGUUCUCGCUCUCGCUCCAAUUCGAAGCGUGAAUCACGCUCCCGUUCACGUUCCAAGUCAAACCAUCGCGACUCUCGUUCACGCGAUCGGUCCGCUUCAGUUGACAACAAGUCGCGUUCGCGCUCCCGAUCCCGUUCGGCCUCGCCCAAAAACGGAAAUGCCUCACCGGACCGCAAUAACGAGAGCAUGGACGAUUAGAUUAGUUAGCUGUCCCUUUAAUAUUAAAACACUUGAUUUUAGAUUUCUACUAUAACUAUUCUACAAA